GCAGAACGCAGACUUUGAGGAUCCAUGCAGUCCAAUAGCGACUGAUCGAUUAGCACCACUUCUAACAGGGAUCCAAGCCAGCCAAGAUAUGUAGACCAAUCUCACGAAUCUAUUUCCUACGCCGCAGCGGCUCGUUUCUCACGUCAGCGCUACUUAAGCAGUGACACAGGACUAGCAGACCAAAGCAGAAGGAUGACCGGCAUUUCCAUACAUCUCUAACAGAGAUAGGCUGGUGGCAACUUGGGGGCAGGAUGGGGGCUUGGCCAUUUCAAGAUCUCAAGUUUACACAAAGAGGCAGCCCUCCCCCCAAGACAAGAUCACCACAGCCUUCAACUAUAUCCCUUUUCUCCUAACUAAGUUAGAACCCGCCCGAAUCGGCCGGUGUUCGACAACCAUGGCAACCGAAACCACACCCAAAGUUUGGGCUGACGGACCCUACCAGCUAAUCACUGCGGACAAGAGUCGCCCAGAGCCCGAUGGGACGCAGAGCGCCGCCAAAUUCAUGGCUGCAGAGAUGACAAUUGUCCACAAUUGCAUCCUGCGCGGUGUCAAUGCCAUCUACAAUCAGGCCGUCAACGUGGCAAACAAAGGCACCAAGAAGGACAAACUUGAUUUUGUGAACUUUACAGCGCAGUGGGGUGACAUGAUCCAUGAGCACCACGGAAUGGAGGAGUCCACGCUUUUCCCCCAGAUCGAACAGAUGACAGGGGUUCCGGGUCUGAUGGCCGCCAACGUCCAUGAACAUGAGCAGUUCCAUUCUGGCCUGUCUGCGCUCAAUGCGUACCUCGACAAGGUCAAAGGCGAGGCGGAGGAACUGGACGGUGUCAAGGUGCGGGAGCUCGUGGACGCCUUCAUGCCCGUGCUCAGGGAUCACCUCGACAACGAGAUCGACACCCUGCUGGGGUUGGCAGAGUACGAAGACAAACAUGACUGGAAGAAGUGGUUCGAGAACAUUAGCGCUGGGAUUAUCAAGGCUGUAUUCUCCGAUUCUACUCUCAGAAAUGAUAUCUUCCCCCUGACCUUGGUGCUCCACGACAAGAAAUUUGAGCAAGGCGUGUUCAAGACCUUUCCACCCAUGCCUUGGGUCCUCCAUGUGGCAGUGCGGUGGUUGUUUAUGAACACCCGCAAGGAUUGGUGGCGGUUUGCACCUUGCGACUUUUACUCCAUGCCAAAGGAGUUGCCCUUUGUUUGAGCGUGGACGCUUGGUGUGGCGGUUUCCGUCGUGAUUGAUAUUAUAUUGGCAUUUCUCGCUAGUUCUGAUGAGUACAGCGUCGUGUGCGUUCAUUGAGUUAGUUUGGGAGUUCUUUGUUUGGUUUGUUCACUGAUACCGACAAUGCUGAGUCAAAAUACAAAGGAGGACGACUUAUUCUCACCAUAAAACAG